CCUCACUCAACGCCUCGACCUCGCCCAUCUCAACUGCCCGCAUCGCACCGCAUUAAGGAAAACGGAUUCGUCCCUUGAUUAAGGGGGCUUUGACAAUAUAUUUAUCGGCGUGGGAUUUCGUCACCGCCGACCGUCCGCACACUACGAUGAAGGUGCUCAGCCUCAACUUCCUCACCUGCGCCGCCAAGGCCUGCAAGAGCUCGUCCACGUCGUUCCCACUGCAUCCCAAGGACGCCGAGCUCGUGCAGGACGACCUCGAGGUGAAUCCCGAGAUGCUCAUCAACGUGCUCCCGCGGCUGGACUGGGCGGCCCUGCGGACCACGUCGUCAGAGCUGGGCUUCCCGCAAUUGCCGGAACAGCCGCCGACGCAGGAGGAGCUGCGCGGAGACGAGAAGAUGAUCAAGGACCUGCAUCAUCUGCUCGUGGAGACGCAAAUAUCGGAGGGCCAGCUGGUGUGCGAGAACUGCGGACACGCUUACCCAAUCAAGGAGGGCAUCGCCAACUUCCUCCUGCCGAGCCACCUGGUCUAGACUUCUGCUUUUUGCAGGACUGCGCGUGGGGGCCGAUUCGGGAACUCGAUGUCCUGAGGAGGGUUUUUCAUGAUGGACGAUGGGCAAUGGCCUAGCCGAAGAGUUGCAGGUUGAGCUCGGUCGCUGCCCAUUUCCUUGAUUAGGAGUAAUUGGCGUUCAGGGAGUUGCAGAUAAAAUUGCGAAAGAGGUAUGGCGGAUGUGUUGGCAAAUAAUGGUCGAACAAAUAUCUUAUUUCUAGCUCGUUUCUCGCGCAGAGUCCGGAGGAGAGACACAAACACCCAAACAAGGCCUAUAACUCCAUAUUUGCAUACACUUGA